AUGGACGCGCCCGCUCCGGGACCCCCCAAUGUCACCGGGACCCCCCCGGGAACCCCGCGUGGACCCGCCCACACCCGGGACCCCCCCAAUGUCACUGACCCCCCCCCCCCGGGAUCCCCGCGUGGACGCGCCCACACCGGGACCCCCCCCAUUGUCACCGGGACCCCCCCGGGGAACCCCGUGUGGACCCGCCCACUCCGGGACCCCCCCAAUGUCACCAGGACCCCCCCCCGGGAACCUCACAUGGACCCGCCCGCUCCGGGACCCCCCAUUGUCACGGGACCCCCCCGGGAACCCCGCGUGGACCCGCCCGCUCCGGGACCCCCCCAUUGUCACCGGGACCCCCCCCCGGGAACCCGCGUGGACCCGCCCACUCCGGGACCCCCCCAUUGUCACCGGGACCCCCCCCCGGAACCCGUGCGGCUGCUGCCCCUCCCCCCCGGGGAGCGCCCGGAGACAGGUCCCCCGCCCCCCCGUCUGUCCCUGGGGCUCUCGGCCCCCCCGCGUGUCCCUGUCCCUGUCCCUGUUCCUGGGGGGGUCUCUCGCCCUGGGGGGGUCCUGGGGCUCUCCCUGGCUCUGGCCGAGCCCCCCCAGCGGCGCCGGGCGCGGCUGCUCAUGGAGGGCGUGGCACGGUUCUGCAGGUCCCUCUCGGUGGGGCUCCGCAUCUCCCUCGAUUAUUGGUGGACGACCAAGGUGGAGCUGAGGGGGCUCGACCAGGCCAGCCCCGCGUACCUGUCGGCGCUGUCGCGGUGCCACCGGCGCGCGGGGCAGCGGCUCCUGCAGGGGGCGCUCUCCAACGGGGGCCUGUACGUGAAGCUGGGCCAGGGGCUGUGCGCCAUGGAGCACCUGCUGCCCCCCGAGCUCACCGACAGCCUGCGCCCGCUCGAGGACAGCGCCAGCCCCCGGGGACACCGCGAGGUGGACGAGCUGUUCCUGGAGGAUUUCCAGACCACGCCUUCCGGAAUGUUCCGUGACUUCGACUACGAGCCGGUGGCGGCCGCCAGCCUGGCCCAGGUGCACCGGGCGACGCUGCCCGACGGGACCCCCGUGGCCGUCAAGGUGCAGUACCUGGACCUGCGCGAUCGCUUCGAGGGCGACAUCCGGACCCUGGAGCUGCUGCUGCGCCUGGUGGAGUUCAUGCACCCCGACUUCGCGCUGGGCUGGGUGCUGCAGGAGCUGAAGGGCACGCUGGCUCUGGAGCUGGAUUUCGAGAACGAGGCGCGGAACUCGGAGCGCUGCGGGAGAGACCUGGGGCACCUGCGGGGCGUGACGGUGCCCAGGGUGCACUGGGGGCACUGCAGCAAGCGCGUUCUCACGGCCGAUUUCUGCGAGGGCUGCAAGAUCACCAACGUCGAGGGGAUCCAAGCCAUGGGGCUGGGCCUGAGAGACACGGCAGAGAAGCUGAUCCAGGUUUUUGCCGAGCAGAUUUUCUACACCGGCUUCAUCCACGCGGAUCCGCACCCCGGCAACGUUCUGGUGCAGCGCGGCCCCGACGGGCGGGCACAGCUGGUGCUGCUGGACCACGGCCUGUACGAGACCCUGAGCGAGAGGGACCGGGUGUCGCUGUGCGGGCUCUGGAGAUCGAUCGUGAUGCGGGACCACGACGGGAUGAGGGACAGGGGAGAACUGGGGGUGAAGGACUACCUGCUCUUCUCGGAGAUGCUGCUGCAGCGCCCCUGAGCCGCGACUCGCGCCUGCUGGGGGCACCUGAGCGCCGAGGAGCGCGAGUACAUGCGGAGCAUGGCGGCGCAGCGCUUCCCGCACAUCGUGCAGGUGCUGCGCCAGCUGCCCCGCCCCAUGCUGCUCGUGUUCCGCAACAUCAACACGGUCAGGAGUGUCCACGGGGCGCUGGGCGCACCUGCGGACAGGUACGGCAUCAUGGCCCGCAGCGCGGUGCGGAGCUGGAGCCGCCUCCGGGGGGGCCCCGCGCGGUCGCUGCGGCAGCGGCUGCACCUGGGCUGGGAGCGGCUGCGCUUCGAGAUGGCGCUCAGGCUGGAGUGGCUCCGGUUCCGGGUGGCGGCGGCUGCGCUGCGGCUGCUGAGCCGCUGGGGGGCGCUGCCGAGCGGGGAGCACCUGCAGCACCUGCUGCGCGCACUGAGCCCGGAACCGGCUGAAUCACCCAAAAACCGGCUGGGAACGCUGAAAAUACCCGAAAAAACGGCUGAAAUCACCCAAAACCGGCUGAAAUCACCCAAAAACCGGCUGGGAACGCUGAAAAUACCCGAAAAAAACGGCUGAAAUCACCCAAAACCGGCUGAAAACAACCCAAAAACCGGCUGGGAACGCUGAAAAUACCCGAAAAAACGGCUGAAAUCACCCAAAACCGGCUGAAAACACCCCAAAACCGGCUGGGAACAGCCAAAACCGGCCGGGAACACGCCAAAACGGCCGGAAACACCCCGAAACCGGCUGGGAACGCUGAAAAUACCCGAAAAAACGGCUGAAAUCACCCAAAACGGCUGAAAACAACCCAAAACCGGCUGGGAAUGCUGAAAACAACCCAAAAAUCGACUGGGAACACCCAAAAAACGGCGGGAAUGCUGAAAAUACCCCAUAAAAUGGCUGAAAUCACCAAAAACGCCUGAAAAGAACCCAAAAACUGGCCGGGAAUGCUGAAAAUACCCGAAAAAAAGGCUGAAAUCACCCAAAAAACGGCUGAAACAACCCAAAAACUGGCUGGGAACACCCCAAAACCAGCUGGGAACACCCGAAACCGGCCAGGAAUGCUGAAAAUGCCCCAAAAACGGCUGAAAACAACCCAAAAACC